AGUAUCUAAGCAACUCGAUUAGUUAACUAGUCCGCGUCAACACAGAAGUGACAGAAUUGCGAUGAAAGUGACCGAUAACGAAACUCGUUGGGCAAAAAUCGGCGAAAUCAAAGACCUGUCAUUCAUCGGCAAAGAAGUGCUUUUUUAUGGCACAGGCUGUCAUCUCAUUUUUAUCAAUUUGAGCACCGGUGAGGAGCUUCUUUACACCGCAAACAAUGCGAAAGUCGGAGAUGGAAUCCAGUGUUACAACGGCCACAGAACCAGCCCUGUAUUCGCAUUCGCGGAGAAAAAAACCAAUCCGACCCUUUUCAUCAAAAGUUACCCAAACUUUGACGAAAUCCACCAAUUCAAAGACGGCGCCCCUCGCGGGUACAUUUCCAUGUCCUUUUCCGAAACUUCCCUUCUGAUAACACUGGGGGAUUUACCCGAUUUUAACAUAACCGUCUGGAAUUGGCGCCGACAUGAGAAAAUCGCCAGUCAAAACGGCACAAUCUUAAUGCAGGACCAAAUCUUGAGAUGCAACUUUACUAGUCCGGUUUGUUUGGCCCAAUUGGGCCUCUACAGUCACAAACUCCACGUUUGGGACAUUUUUGUCUGUGGGAAAAAGUGCAUUUUGACGCAACACGUUGCCCGGAUUGAGGAAGAUUGCGCCCCUUUUUGCGGGGUUUUGUGGACGACCGAAGGCGGGCUCUUUGUAUUAGACGCCUUGGGGGCUAUCUACACGAUGUUCCCUGACCACCACUUGGAAAAAGUGAUCGACCCCCCUGAGUCUGGCCCUUACCCCACCUCCUUCACGUGGUACAAAUUUGGGAUUGCUGUCGCAGGCCCCAACCUUGAAAUUCGGCAUUACAAAAAAUCCGGUACUUGGACCAUGGACUGGUCCCUGGUACCACCACAACCAAUCCAGAAAAUCCAAUCCAGAUUUGACUAUUUGAUUGCAAUAACGACCAAAACUGAUCUGAUUCAAGUCCUACCAACACAGAAAGAUUUCAAAUACGUUAAAAUAAACGAAUCGAGUUUUGAUGAUUUUUGUAUGGUUUACCCCACUGGAGAGUACCUGCUGGCCUUGACUCACGGUCACGUGGUUAAUUCCUACAAGGUGGCCACUGGAGAAAUGGUGGGCACAAUCGAACUCGAUGGUACCGCAACUUUGAUUGUUGAAAAUCCCAAAUUUCCUUACGCAGCUGUUGGUUUUGAAAAUGGGAUUCUUAAUCUAGUUUCGGCCUAUAAUCCCCAAAAGCUGACCAAAAUGACGCAAUUUUUUCUAACUAAACACCCUCCAAACAGUAUUCGGUUCAACGAAUGUGGUACUGUUUUCGUAGUUGGCCAUUUGACAAUCGGGCGUUUUUUCGUAAUUGAGGGACUCCCCGGAGGACAAAUGGAGGUCAUUGCCUUCAUAGACGCUCAAAGACAAAUUGCCGACUACACAAUCGUCAUAUCGCAAGACUGCUACCGUAUUUUCAUGCUUCCGGUAACCUCCGAUCAGUUCAUGGCCGGAAACAUGAUCCUCCGGUACUGCUACAUCAAAAACAAGGGAACAGACGUAAAAGAGUACUACUUUGAAGAGAAGAACACACUUUUUGCACGAAUUGUUGCUACUGUUGGAGCCAACAGGGACCGAAUGUUUUAUCUAAUCCCACUUGAAGGCAAAACAAUCGCAGAGGUUGAGAUUAAAAAGAGCGAAAUUUUGGCAAAAAUCACCAAAAAAAUCGUGACGGGACACCAAAUGCAAAACUUUCAUUUCCGGCUUGAUAGAAAAGUUGCCUUGACCUGGGGGUACGAUGGGUUUGUGAUAGCACGAGGAGCAGAUUUUGAGACUAACAUCGGCAUUGGGUUACCCCAUCACAGGAUGCAAGGUGGAGUCAAAAAAGCCUUUUUAGGGCCGUACCAAAAAUACAUGCUCACACUUGGAAGAGACAGAGUUCUAGCUUGCACAAAUCUAAUGGAGAGACACAUUGAUUCCAAAUUGAAGCAAGAAUAUCUCGACGUUUUACAUUCAGAUGAUUACAAACUUCUCUUCACCCGAAGAACCUUGGGGUACUUCCCCCGAGGCAUCUACGAAGGAAAGUGCUACUUGGAGGUUCAAGAAAUGAAAAAACUGGAGAAGGAGUACCUCCAGUGUAAGAAAGAACGAGACUCGAUUUUGGCCGAAUUUCGAUCGAUACAAAAGGAACUCCAAGACUUGCUAACAGCGAAUCUCGAAGGUCCCGAUAACGAAAAACUUGACAUGAAAGAAUUCAAUCUCAAUACAACUCUGUAUAACCAAAAGGCCGAGUUUCAGAAAAAAUUGAGGAAAGCAACUGAACUCUACUUGAAAAAUCUUAUACAGGCCCAAAACGUUAUUUCCAAUUACAUGAUGACAAACUACUGGGACAAAAUGAAAGUCAACGGGGCCGCAAUUAAGGCAAUUUUUGCCAAUUUUGAGGUCACGAAUUACGUUUUGCGACCACCAGAUCUUAAUCGUGAGGAACUUCUUAACUGGAUUAGGCACCAGAGACGAAUCGAGCGAUAUUUGAGCGAGAUGAACUCGUUUCAUCCCUGGGAACCCAUACCUGAAGACAAAUUAUUAGAGUUGGUGUCAACUCGACCGUCACUUCCGGUCAAAGACGAGCAUUUGGCCGUGUUAUCGGCACUUGAAAUAGACGCUCCUGAAAUGGAAGUUGAAGAAGAGGACAUUGAGUCAAAAAUUGCUUUUUCUGGCUCAGACACGGCAAGAUUUAUCGAAGUCCAAGACGCUCACUACUUGCAAAACGAGCUCCAGACCUACUUCCAAACCGAAUUACAAUGGAUUAUUUCUAAGAGCGAUUCCUACAAGUUGAAAGAGUUCUUCAAUGAGAAAUACGAGAAGGUAAUGUUACAAAAAAUGAAAGAAAUGUCAAGUAUCAAGGAGAAGAACGAGCGUUUGCGCCACAUAGUCUCAGAAAUCAAUUACUUUUCCGAAGAGAAGAUUUAUGUGACCAUUGAUGAUCCUCAUUGGGAGCAAGUUGAAACUCCUGAACUUCUGACCCAAGUUAAAGAUAGCGAAGUUCCCAUAACUCCCUACAUCUCACCAAGUGAGCAAGCAAUUCUCGAUGCUAAAGCAGCAGAAGCGGAAAGGUUACGUCUGCUACUCCUUGCUGAUGAUUUCCGCGAAAGAGCCCUAAUGGCUAUGAUGAACGGAGUUUUGGAAGUUCGAUGGGAGGACGAACUGCGUAAAGAAGUGCCUCUCCCCAAAUGCAUGAUCGAAAAAGAACCAGAAAACUUCAAUGAGGAUGAUCUAAGAGCUGUGCGAGACUACGAAGACAAGGUCCAGUUUCUGAACAGCGAAAGGGAACGCUACAAGACCCUUUUAAGGGCCGAGUAUGCCAAACUGUCCAAGUCUGUUCGCGAAAAUAUUAAGAAAUUCAACCAAAAACUGAGCGAUUUGCUCCACUUGCGACUGCAAGUUGAUGCGGCCAUCAGUCAGGAGACUUUGAAAAUUAGCAGGACGAAACUGUUCCAACACAAGAGAAAACUGCUGUUUCAAAAAGAACAAGCAAUUUUGCAAAAAAUUGCAAACAAUGACGAAGUGGUGGCAAGUCUGCACAAACUCAUGACCACUUUACACGAGGCGGUGACCGAGUGUCGCAACUUUAUCGAGUCUUAUCAAGUCAAGGAGAGGUACCUUGAGCGUGCCUUCAAGAAAGACUUCCAGGAUUUGUCGAUUGUGGUCCAAGAACAAGCCACAAAAUUGUUCAAGAAACGUCCAAAAAUCAAUCACCGGCUGAUCAGUUCGGCUACAAUUCUCAACGAGUUGGGCAAAUGCAUUAUUUCGGGUGCCAAACCGAUGACGCUGACUCAAGAAGCUUUAGAUUUUUUGAAACAGUUGGAUAACUUGGAUUUGUAUGUUGGAGUACCGACGGUUGUUGAUGAGCACACUUAUGCUGUGAUCUGCAAGCAUCGGAGGUUACGGAUCGAGUACGAAGUCAAGCUGAAGGCUGCUCAGAACGAGUUGGCUGAAGCUGAAGCCACCGCAGCUGCCUUCCACAAGCGGUUACACAACAAAAAAGAGUUUGGAGCCAAACUGCACAACGAUUUGAACGACGUUAGGCAAGAAUUCAUGACGAUGAUGUGCAACGGUGAUGUGCAAAUUGUCCUACCGAGAGGGUUAGUUGAGAUACCACUAACCGGAAGUAUGGUGGAUUUUGAAGACGCGGUCCUGAUUUGUCGGAAAGAUGUUGAAGAAAUCAACAGAAUCAUCUUGGAAUUUGGUGAUAAAAAGAUCAAAGCUCUAGAACGUGGUAUGAACUUCCGGCGAAAAAUUUUGACACAGGAGUGGGAACACAAAAGACGAAGAAUGUUGAUUCAGGACCUCCAAGAGAAGAUUAUUGACAUUGACGGUGUUCGGCUGACUAAAGAAAUCCAGUUCUACUUGAAAAGCAAAGAUAAGGAGAAGGCGAUUCCGUUCGACACCGAAGUUGACAUGAUCAAAGCCUCGUACGAGAACACGAUUCAAGACAGGAAAGACAAAGUCAAUCGCAUGCAAAAGCAAAUCAACGCGAUUAAAGCACACGAUAAGGUGGUUGAGCGAAAAAUCACAGAAUUGAACGUCGAUGUGUGCGAAUUUAAUUUGGUCAAAGAUGAUGAGCUUGAUGCCAGAGAACGAGCCUUGAUCGAUGCUAGGAUGAAAACGUUGCUAACGAGGUCGAAGAUGGUGCAACAGAUUCAGGGCAACCACCACGAAAUUCUGAUGCUGCAAACGGAGUUGGAAUUGUUGAGACUAAGGACUUUUCCGACACUCAAAUACAAGCUGUGUUAGGUUUAUGUUGUAUUUCAUUAUUAAUAAAUUCGUUUUUUGAA